GCCCACCCGCGCGCCCACCUACCCGCCAGGCGACUCUGGCCGGCGAGAGAGAAGGGCGCGGCGGGCAGAGCGCAGCUCGACGUCGCAGAUCUCGCCUUCCUGGACCAGGCAGCUGGCAGUGACGGUGUCCAGUUAGCAGUGAUGGAGAACGCCCUGACAGCCCGGGAUCGAGUGGGAGUGCAAGACUUUGUCCUGCUGGAAAACUUCACCAGUGAAGCCGCCUUCAUUGAAAACCUGCGCAGGCGGUUCAAGGAGAACCUUGUCUACACCUACAUCGGCUCGGUUCUGGUCUCGGUGAACCCGUACAAGGACUUGGAGAUCUACAGCAAGCAGCACAUGGACCGCUACCGUGGUGUCAGCUUCUAUGAAGUCUCUCCUCACCUCUAUGCUAUCGCAGACAAUGCCUACCGCUCGCUGCGGACAGAGAGGAAGGACCAGUGCAUCCUCAUCUCAGGGGAAAGCGGGGCAGGCAAAACAGAAGCCACCAAGAAGAUCUUGCAGUACUAUGCUGUCACGUGCCCGGCAAGCGAGCAGGUGGAGACUGUGAAGGACAGGCUGUUGCAGUCGAACCCGGUCCUUGAGGCCUUUGGAAAUGCAAAGACCCUGCGCAAUGACAACUCCAGCCGGUUUGGGAAGUACAUGGACGUCCAGUUUGAUUACAAGGGGGCGCCCAUUGGGGGUCACAUCCUGAACUACCUCCUGGAGAAGUCGCGGGUGGUGCAUCAGAAUCAUGGCGAGAGGAACUUCCAUAUCUUCUACCAGCUCUUGGAGGGUGGGGAUGAAGAACUGCUCAGGCGGCUGGGGCUGGAGAAGAGCCCCCACCAGUACCAGUUUCUUGUAAAGGGCCAGUGUGCGAAGGUCAGCUCCAUCAACGAUAAGAGCGACUGGAAGGUGGUGCGCAGGGCGUUGUCUGUCAUUAACUUCAGCGAGGGCGAAGUUGAGGAUCUGCUGAGUAUUGUCGCAAGCGUGUUGCACUUGGGGAAUGUGCAGUUUACAACUGAUGAACAGGGCAGUGCGCAAGUGACCACAGAAAACCAGAUCAAAUACUUGGCCAGGCUCCUGGGACUCGAAAACUCUGUCCUGCAGGAAGCUCUGACCCACAAGAAGAUAAUUGCAAAGGGAGAACAGCUGAUCAGCCCUCUCAGCCUAGAACAGGCCGCCUACGCCCGGGACGCUCUGGCCAAAGCCGUGUACGGGCGCACCUUCUCCUGGCUGGUGAAUAAGAUCAACAAGUCCCUCGCCUACAAGGAAACAGAGUACAUGGGUUGGAGAAGGAGUUCGACUGUGCUGGGACUGCUGGAUAUCUAUGGCUUUGAGGUUUUCCAGCACAACAGCUUUGAGCAGUUUUGUAUCAAUUACUGCAACGAGAAACUGCAGCAGCUGUUCAUAGAGCUCACCCUGAAGUCCGAGCAAGAGGAGUACGAGGCCGAAGGCAUUGCGUGGGAGCCAGUUCAGUAUUUCAAUAACAAAAUCAUCUGUGACUUGGUGGAAGAAAAAUUCAAAGGCAUCAUUUCCAUCUUGGAUGAGGAGUGCCUGCGACCGGGAGAUGCCACGGACAUGACGUUUCUGGAGAAGCUUGAGGAGACCAUUAAGAACCACCCCCAUUUCCUCACCCACAAGCUGGCCGAUGCGAAGACCCGGAAGUCCUUGGGCCGGGAAGAAUUCCGUCUCUUGCACUAUGCUGGGGAAGUCACGUACAGCGUCGCAGGUUUCUUGGACAAGAACAACGACCUGCUCUUCCGGAACCUCAAAGAGGCGAUGUGCAACUCGGAGAAUCCCAUUGUCACCCAGUGCUUUGACAGGACGGAGCUGACCGACAAGAAGAGGCCCGAGACGGCAGUGACCCAAUUUAAGAACAGUCUCUCAAAGCUGAUGGAGAUCCUGAUGUCCAAGGAGCCCUCCUACAUCCGCUGCAUCAAGCCGAAUCAUGCCAAGCAGGCCGGCCAUUUUGAUGAAGUUUUGAUUCGGCACCAAGUAAAAUAUUUGGGCUUGAUGGAGAACCUGAGGGUGCGCAGGGCUGGUUUUGCUUAUCGGCGGAAAUACGAGGUUUUCCUGCAAAGGUACAAGUCUCUGUGUCCUGACACGUGGCCUACCUGGGAUGGGCGGCCGCAGGAUGGAGUGGCGCUCCUCCUAAAACACCUUGGCUUUAAGCAGGAAGAAUACAAGUUGGGCAGGACAAAAAUAUUUAUUCGUUUUCCCAAGACCCUGUUUGCGACAGAAGCAGCCCUGGAGAUCCGAAAGCAAAGCCUAGCCACAAAGAUCCAAGCAGUUUGGAGAGGCUUCCUUCGGCGAAAGAAAUUCCAUCAAAUGAAGCAUUCAGCCAUCACUAUCCAAGCUUGGUGGCGCGGAACGCUGGGACGCCGGAAGGCCGCUAGGAAGAAGUGGGCAGUAGAGAUAAUUCGGCGGUUCAUCAAAGGUUUCAUUUACCGAAAUUACUCGCGCUGUCCUGAGAAUGAAUACUUCCUCGACUACAUCCGUUACUCUUUCCUGAUGAACCUGAAGCGCCACCUGCCCAAGACCGUCCUGGAUAAGUCCUGGCCAGUGCCUCCACCGUCCCUGAGGGAGGCAUCCCAACUGUUGAGAGAACUCUGUAUGCAGAACAUGGUUUGGAGUUACUGCAAAAGAAUCAGUCCAGAGUGGAAAAUGCAGCUCGAGCAGAAGGUGGUGGCCAGUGAGAUAUUUAAGGGGAAAAAGGACAAUUACCCACAGAGUGUUCCUAGGCUGUUCCUUAAUACCCGUCUCGGUAGUGAAGAAAUAAACGCUAAAAUCCUUCAGGUACUGGGAAAUGAGGCGCUUAAGUAUGCUGUUCCAGUGAUCAAGUAUGACCGGAAAGGCUACAAGGCCCGCGCCCGGCAGCUGCUGCUCACUCAGAAUGCAGCUAUGUUGGUCGAAGAGUCCAAAAUUAAGCAGCAGAUUGACUAUGGCAACCUCACAGGCAUCUCAGUCAGCAGCCUGAGUGACAGUCUUUUUGUGCUUCAUGUGCUUCGGCAGGACAACAAGCAGAAGGGAGAUGUUGUGCUGCAGAGUGAUUUUGUGAUUGAAACUCUGACUAAAAUUGCCAUAAAUGCCAACAAAGUCAACAGUGUUAAUAUCAACCAGGGCAGCAUCAAAUUCACAGUUGGACAAGGCAAGGAAGGCAUCAUUGACUUCACAUCAGGAUCUGAACUGCUGAUAGCCAAAGCCAAGAAUGGUCAUCUGGCAGUUGUGGCCCCUCGCUUGAAUUCUCGAUGAUGACGGGCACUUCUCUACAAGGGACCUCUUCCUCCGUUAACUAAUUCAGUAAACUUGGCUGGAUGUCUUCCUUUGCCCUUGAUCAGGGAGGGGCCUUGCUUUGCCUCUGCUCUCUCCGGCUACCAAUGAUUUGCACUUCCAAAGAUCCCUCCCUUAGUUCUGUCCUUGGUUUUCAUCCUGUCCCCACCCAGUCCAAUUUGCCCUAGACAGACUGGUGGGUGGCCAUAGUGCCCACAAAAAAUAGUGAGGUAACCUGCAGAGUUGUCAGCCCAUCCCAGUGAAAUGCCAAAUUUUAUACUAAAAUAUUUUAUAAAGAAAUCCUCUCCUAGGUUUUUGGGUGCUUUGUAUGAAAAUGUAACAAGCCAUAAUGUACAGAUGAAAUUUUGUAAAUAUUUCCUCCUUGUAUGGGAUGUUUGCACUAUGGAAAUUAUUUUCUUAUUUCUAAUUGGAGAAAUUGUGAUAAUCCAAGAGAUACCAGCCUUCUUGGCCUUUCCAUACCCUCCCCCUUCCCUCUCCUGAAAAUUUCCCAAGACUUGGCAGUUGCUGGUUUGGAUGGAUUCCUUAUAUCUGCACUUUCACUCAGCCAAAGGGAUUUCAGCAAUAUCUUCUCCACAAACUGACCCCAUUAAAAAUGGGUUCUCUCUUCAACACAAUACUUGUGGUCUCUAGCCUCCUUUGCAGGGAAGGCUGCCUUGUUAAAUUUUAACUGUGGCUUCCUCAACACAUUUUCCAUUUUCACGUGACACUGACCUAGCCCCAAAACUAGGUUUCCAUAUACCAAGCAGUUUGUUGUCUACUGUGAUAUACAAACUGGCAGUAUCUAGUUUACCUUUCAUGAAAACUAUUCAGUGAUUAUUGCUUUGUUUGCAAGCUGUCUUUUAAACACUGGGCUCUUUUGCCUGAUUCAGAAUUUUUAAAAUUUUUAUCAACUUAUUCAGCUUGCUUUAUUCUAGCUUUCCUUGGGAAUUCAGCUGUUCAAGGAGCCAAGUUGGUUUGUCCUCUGAAAACUGUACACUGAUCGAACUCAUGUUUUUUAAUUGGAAAGAAACCUUUUCAGGACAAAGAUUUGGGAACAAGCUGCUUCACUGGCUAUGGCUGUUGAUCUGAAAUAAGCUGCUUUUUGCCUUACAUAGAACCUAUCAUUUGCUUUUCCAUAAAGGAUUUGUUUGUAUGUAUACUUAAUUUACUGCUGCCCAGGUUGAGACUGAAUUUUCCUUUCCUACAUGGUGACAAAUGCUGUGUCAUUUCUAAAAUGGGAUCUAUGCUAUGAUGUACAUAAGAGUUAAGGCUCUGUGCAGUGUGCGAUAUGAAUCAAGAUUUAUCUGCCAAAUAAAUUUUUACUAAAAUCCUUA